AAGGCACUACAGUGGUAUCACAACGUUGGGACUACGUGCAAAGGUCACGUACGCUAACGCGCGCUACCUGUUUCUGGGAAUGGAAUGUUUGAGGGAAAGCCCAUUGGGAAGGCUGUAGAUCCGGUAAUUUUCUUAGAUGGCUGAGGAACAAGGAGAAAUUUCACCUCAAGCAAAAGACAACGAGACUCACGAAACAGACGAAAAACGCGAAGAAACGAAACAACUUGAGAGAGAAGAAGUCUUCGAUGAUGAUAAAGAAGUCGUAGUUGAAGAUGACAGAACGGAAGGUGAAGACAUGGAGACCGAAACAAACCAUGACAUCAGAGAGGUAAAAAGCGAGUCGCAAAACGUUGAAGACCCGGAUGUUGAAGCUGCCAGUUAUUCAAAGUUGCAACAUGUUAGCAACAGCCAGGAAGUACAGACUGAGGUUAAAGAGGAGAGUCCAUUGCAAGAAGACAUAAACAGUGAGGAGACUGUUGAAAAGGGAAUGGAUAGUGAGCAUGAAAGGUCGGAAAUGUCUGGAGAUUCGAUGAAGGGCAGUGGGCAUGGUGAUGAUGAUGUGAGACAUGAGGAUGAGGUAGAGUUACAGGCUGGUAAAGUGGUUGAGGGUGAUGAUUCUAAGGGAAUUGAAAGGCAAGAGUUAGAACUGAAAAUACAACAGAAUGAAACGCACGAAGUUGUCGACGAAGAGAGAGCAAUUUCUCCAAACCGUCGUAAACUACUUGUAAAAUCUUCUCUUUCCGAUGAGAUAAAAGAGAACGAAUCGCAAACACCAGAAGAAGCCGAUCAAAUCAAUUCGUAUCAACAAGCUGUACCCACGGCUCGCUUGGUGACAUCUGCUUUAGAUGAGCUGACAACGGAAGACUUUAUUACAGGAGUGCUGUUUGAUGCAAAGUACUUGGGAUCUACUCAAAUGUUCUCAUCCCAACCUGCAUCCAAGAGUGUAAGAAUGACACAAGCACACGAAGCUGUGAGCAGAGUCAAGCAACCAGAAGGAGAAUCGCAACCAAGAGCUGACAUCUACGUUUUGGUUUCAACACAAAAGAUUACAGUUAUCAAUGCCUUGGAUAAUUGUCCUCUCAUGGAGCAUCCUCUUCGUACGAUCUCUUACAUUGCUGAUAUUGGCAGCAUCUUAGUUCUUAUGGCCAGAAGGAAGAGCCACUCUCAACGCAGCCAAACAUCAAUGUCAACAGAAGGUGACAGCAAUGCGUCUACUCCGACGACUCCUGCAGGUCCACCAGCUGCGCCAACUGUUGACACGUUUACACCUCAAUCACCGCUUCCUCCAGGUGGAGGUAUUGGAUCACACUCACCUCAUACGGUACAACAGUUUGCUGCUGAUAAUGGAGGGACACCACCAGAGUCUCCAGUUGCUGGAGCACAGGCGACGACACCAGUCAGACAGACUCGGAUCAUAUGCCAUGUUUUGGAGUCAGAAAAUGCUCGAAUGAUAUCCAAAGCCAUUGGUCGAGCAUUCGACGUAGCAUAUCACGAAUUUUUGAGGACACACGGCAUCGAAGAAGAGGGGCUGGCUCACUCUGAUUACAUUGAUGUCCUGAGUGUACAGAAAAUGCCAUUGGAGGACCUCAACCUCUUCAGUGACAAGAAAGCCGAGCGAGAGGUUGUUAUUGAGAAGAAGAAAAAUGAGAUCUUGGGGCUGAUGUUGAUGGAGUCGGGUUGGGGUUCAAUGGUUCCGACGGCCGUGAUUGCUCAUAUGGCAAAGAAUGGUCCGGCGGCGAAGACAUCAUGUCUGAAUAUUGGAGACCAAAUAACGAGUUUGAAUGGGCACAGUCUGGUUGGGUUGAGCUUGGAACGAUGCUCAAACAUUGUGAAGGACUGUCGUAGUCUGCAACAAGUCAAACUCACUAUUAUUCCUUGUCCACCUGUCGUACAAGUGAUGAUGAUUCGACCAGAUGUGAAAUACAGUCUCGGCUUCAGUGUUCAGAACGGAACUAUUGUCAGUAUCCUUCGUGGUAGUAUUGCCGAACGUGGUGGAGUUCGAGUUGGCCAUCGAAUAAUUGAUAUCAAUGGUCAGAGUACAGUAGACUUGCCUCAUGAAAAAAUUAUAGAAAUCUUAGCAACAGCAAUAGGAGAGAUCAAAAUGAAGACGAUGCCGACAUUUCUGUACAGACUUAUUACUGGACAGGAACUCCCGCAAUACAUUUAGUGAUGGGCAGAUUUCUUGUCUUGAUUUUAAUUGCUACAUGAAUUGAUAAUUUCAUUGUCUUGUGCUGUGGACAAACUACGGAAUACAUCAGUUAUAUUGUCACAUUCUGUAGAGAAAAGAUAAUAAAUUGGCAUUUUGUUGAU